CAGGCAGAGAGAGGAGCAGGACGAACAUUGGUCUUUCGUUCCUUGACUGUCCUCCGUGUGUGGACAGCGGCGUACUCACCUCCACGGGCCAUGAGCAUCCCGGUGACCGUGAGGAAAUCGAGGGCCUCGCUCGGGAGACCCACGCGUGGCGGGAAAGGAGCAGCAGACCACACGAUGGACCUGGCUGUUUACGCUGAGCUGUUGAAAGAAUCUGGCAACCAGGGUUUUAAGAAUGGAAACUUCUCUUUGGCCAUCAGAAAGUAUGAUGAAGCCAUCCAGAUUCUCCUGCAGUUAUACGAGUGGGGGGUCCCCCCGAGGGAUCUGGCUGUGCUGUUGUGCAACAAGUCCAAUGCAUAUUACAGCCUUGGGAAAUGGAAUGAAGCAUUUCUCUCUGCCAAGGAAUGUCUCCAUUGGGAUCCAACCUAUGUGAAGGGAUACUACCGAGCUGGUUAUGCCUUGCUGGGCAUGUUCCAGCCUUAUGAAGCCGCUCACAUGUUUUUUGAGGGUCUGCGGCUUCUUCAGGACAGCCACGAUCAAGGACAGGUUGCUGAUUUUCUUGUUGGAGUCUUCUCCACGAUGGACAAGCAGCUCGUGGAUUUGGACCACCUGUCCUCGAAAUUAGCAGACAAUAAUGACUCGACAGAGCUACCAGGUGAUCCUGUAGAUUUGCAAAGUUUAUUGCCGUGCUUUGAUGAUCUUUUCACAGCCGAAUUCUCAUCCGAAGUGUGGCAAUCUGUCAUAGAAAAGUUGGCAAAGAAAGGGUUAUGGCAUUCAUUGCUACUUCUGUCUGCGAGAAAAGACAGGCUACCAACUAAUAUUCUUGUUCAUGACCUAUCACUGAAAAGUCUUUUUGAGAAAUAUGUCAUCAUUGGACUUUAUGAUCAUAUGGAUCAGGUGCCCCGGUUAGUCCAGUGGCUCAUCUCCAUUGGUGCACCUAUUGAGAGCAUUGGACCCUACCCUCUUCAUGCGCUCAUUCGACUCUGUAUCCAAGCAAGAGAAAACCAAUUUUUCCGAUGGGUACUGGACCGCAAGCCGGAGUGGAAAGGCCGCAUCAACCAGAAGGAUGAAGAUGGCUGCACAGUCCUGCACGUGGUUGCGUCCCACUCCCCAGGAUACCUCAUCAAACGACAAACUGAGGAUGUGCAGAUGCUCCUGCAUUUGGGGGCAGACCCCACCCUGCUGGAUCGACAGUCCCGUUCUGCCCUGGAUGUCCUGAAGAAGAAUAAGAACUUCAAAGCUAUUGAGAAAGUUAACAGUCAUUUGGAAAAGUUGGCUGCAUGUUCUAAGGACUUAACAGGGCUGAGCAAUGGUGAAGGGCCCGUCAGCGAGAGUGAGAGUUUCCGGAGAGUCUCUGAGCAGCUUGUGAAGUACAUGAACUCCAGAGAUCGGUCGCUGCAGAAAAACUUUCUGAAGCAAGAAAUCGUUCAGCGAUUCCUGCGUCUCCUGUCUUCGCUGCAAGAAAUUCCUCCUGACCUGGUCUGUGACAUUAAUCGUGACUGUGCCAACAUCUUCAUCAAGUUCUUACUGGAAAAACAAAAGUGGCCGGAAGUCCUUCUUUUGUUGACACGCAAAGUGAGUGGGGAGCCACCCGAUGGAGACGGUUUCAUCAAAGACUGCAAUUUCUCGGAACUUGACAUCUGUGCCAUCAUCCCACACCUCAGCAGCUGGGACCAGCGGAAGACGCAGCUCCUGGGCUGCCUCAUAGACAGCGGAGCUUUGCUUGAGGGUCUCCAGGAUAGCCAAGUGAGCCCCCUUGUCCUAUCCCUGAAACACGAGGACUUCGAGUUGGCUUUUCUUCUCUUGACUAAGGGUGCAGACCCCCAUGGCAUUUCUCUCAUGGAAGGUGAUACUCCUUUACACGCGGCACUCCACAUCUUUCUAGAUAUACAUGCUGACAUUGGCUUUAGCUUCCUCAGCCAUCUGCUGGGCCUCUUCUGGUCCAACCCCACUGAAUUUUGCUACCUCAACCCGAACAUCCAAGAUAGCAAUGGGAACACGUUGAUGCACAUUCUGUUUCAGAAGGGCAUGCUGAGGCGCAUGAAGAAGCUCAUAGACCUGCUGGUGAAGUUUGACAUCAAUCUCAAUUUGAAGAACAAAGAGGGCAAAGACGCACGGCACCGGGUCAAGAAGAAUGAUCCUUUGCUCUUGACGUGGAACAAAGCUCUGAUGGACAGCAGGCGGAGGAGCCGACAGGACUCUGCUGCCCACAUGGGGAAGCUCCUGAGGUCUGCCACCCCUGGCCAUGUGUCUCAGCUCAAGUCUCAAGGUUCAUUCAAGUCACUGCCAUGUGUCGUCACUUCUGAGGCCCUGCUGGAAAAAGCUGGGGUCCCGGAGAGCUGGGAAAUGGCCCCUCGUGCCCAGCUGAAGAAGCAGGAGCCUAAAGUCACCAGGUCAGGCUCUCUGAGAGACCAUCUCAUACAGGACAUCACAGUUUUGAUUCAGCAAGUUGCAUUGGCUGAGGCCCCCCCAGAAGCCUGCCCUCCGUGUGCGGAGCCUCUGGUGACAGCAGGCGCAGAAGCCAAGAAAGAGGAGCUCCAGCAAAGCCUAGCUGUGGCAAACUCUGACUGUAGUGGAGGCAAUAAUCCCUUUCCUGAGGCAGCGGAAGGCCACGCUCAGGCAGGCGUCAGGGCCAGGCAGCUCGUUCCUGUUGUCAACAGGAGGAUGAACUCUGAGGAUGGGGAGGACUGGAGCAUGCAGGAUGUCGAGCUUUGCUUCCAGGACUUUGAUAACAUGACGUGGGAGAUCGAGUGCACAUCUGAGAUGCUGAAGAAAUUCUCAAGUAAGGCAAUGACCAAGGUCAUAAAGAAGAAAGCCAUCUUUGCCAUCCAGCAGCUGGGGAAUGGCGAGUGGACCCAGGGCCUGCAGAAGCGACUGAAGCACCUGAAAGGGAACAUCCAGCUCUUUGAAGCGAAGCUGGAUAAAGGAGCUCGGAUGCUAUGGGAGCUCGCUAUUGACUUCUCCCCUCGAUGCAGCGAGAACCCUGAGAAGAUCAUGGCCAAGGGGCAGAAUGCACACCCCACGGAGAAGUCGGGGCGGGUCUAUACGGAAAUUAUCCGCAUCUGGGACAUUGUCUUAGAUCACUGCAAACUGUCAGACUCCAUCAGGGCCAUCUGCAGUGCCUACAACCGAGGUAUGUCCUGCGUUCUGCGGAAGAAGUUGAAGGGGAUCAGCAAGGGUCAGGGGUUUUCCAACAUGAAAAUUCAGAAACGGAUACCCCGUUGCUAUGUGGAGGACACAGAGGCAGAGAAGGGCAGGGACUGUGUGGAUAUCGAGUAUUUCCCCCCUGCCAGUGCAGUGGAGACAGAGUACAACAUCAUGAAGUUCCACAGCUUCAGCACCAACAUGGCCUUCAACAUCCUCAACGACAUGGCGACCACGGUGGAGUACCCUUUCCGCGUGGGCGAGCUCGAGUAUGCAGUGAUUGACCUCAAUCCCAAGCCGCUGGAACCCAUCAUCCUCAUUGGGCGGAGCGGCACCGGGAAGACGACCUGCUGCCUGUACAGGAUGUGGAAGAAAUUCCACAGUUACUGGGAGAAAGCCAAGCAGGCAGGGAGCCCCCUGCUGGCCAAACCGGUCUGGUGGAAAAGAUUGGAAGUGGAAUCUGGAGAAAAGGGUCUAGGGAGAGAGGAAGGAGAGAGAAAGAGGGAGGCUGAGGCAGGGGAAAGUUCAAUUAAAGUAGCAACAGCACCCAACCCAGUGGAGGAGCCACAGCGUGUCGCUGGUGCAAUGGGGCCUGCCGUGAAGCAGGUGACAGACCACCCAGCAGAGGCGGCCCAUGGGCCAACUCAUCCCCAGCAGCUGGAGCAUCUCCGUCAGAUCUUCGUGACCAAGAACCACGUCCUGUGCCAGGAGGUACAAAAGAAUUUCAUCGAGCUCUCCAAGUCUACCAAGGCCACGAGUCACUACAGACCCAUGGGGCCCAAUGUUCACAAACUCCAGGACCUCACGGAUGAGAACUUUCCUCUGUUUGUCACUUCCAAGCAGCUGCUCCUGCUGCUUGACGCUUCUCUACCCAACCCGUUUUUCCUGAGAAAUGAAGAUGGCAGCUUGAAAAGAACCAUCGUAGGGUGGUCCAUGCAGGAAGACUGGACCAUCCCCAACUGGCAAGAGGAUGAGGAUGAGACAGACCUGGACGGAGACGAUGGUGAAGAGGAUAAAGCUGCAGAAGCUCGCAAAGAUGACAGCGACCCCCGGGUUUUUGUGACAUUUGAGGUGUUCGUCAAUGAAAUAUGGCCCAAGAUGACCAAAGGCAAAACUUCCUACAACGCCGCACUGAUUUGGAAAGAAAUAAAAUCUUUUCUGAAAGGUUCUUUUGAGGCUCUCAGCAGUCCCCAUGGAAGACUCACUGAAGAAGCAUAUAAGAAACUAGGGAGAAAGCGGUCCCUCAAUUUUAAGGAAGAUAGGAGCGAGAUCUAUAAUCUCUUCUGCCUCUAUCAGCAGAUCAGGUCCCAGAAAGGUUAUUUUGAUGAAGAGGAUUUUCUGUACAACCUGUCUCAGAGGCUGUCGAAACUCAGUGGGCUUCCGUGGUCCUUUCAUGAGUUCUACGGUGAUGAGAUUCAGGACUUCACCCAAGCGGAGCUGGCACUACUGAUGAAAUGCAUUAAUGACCCCAAUGCCAUGUUCCUCACUGGGGACACAGCCCAGGGCAUCAUGCAGGGUGUGGCCUUCCGCUUCAGUGAUCUGUGCUGCCUAUUCCACUACGCCAGCAGAAACAGCACAGAUAAGCAGUGUGCUGUCCGGAAACCCAAGAUGAUCUACCAGCUGUACCAGAAUUACAGGUCACACUCGGGAAUCCUCAAUCUCGCGUCUGGAGUGGUGGAUUUACUUCAGUUCUAUUUCCCAGAAUCUUUUGAUCGCCUUCCAAGGGAUUGUGGCCUCUUUGAUGGCCCCAAACCAACUGUCCUAGAGUCUUGUAGUGUGAGCGACUUGGCAAUUUUGCUAAGAGGAAACAAAAGGAAAACUCAGCCCAUUGAAUUCGGAGCCCACCAGGUAAUCCUUGUUCCCAAUGAAAUGGCAAAGGAGAAAAUUCCAGAAGAGUUGGGAUUAGCACUUGUGCUAACAGUUUACGAGGCAAAAGGCUUAGAAUUUGAUGAUGUCCUCCUUUACAACUUUUUUACUGAUUCUGAGGCUCACAAGGAAUGGAAGAUCAUUUCCUCAUUUAUGCCUCUAUUGCCUGACUCCAGAGGGGACAACUCGCCCUUGAUCGACGUGCUCCUGGAAAAAGCAAGCUCCUUGCCGGAUCGAUGCCUCCCACUGAACCCAGAAAUGUACAAGCUCCUCAAUGGAGAACUGAAGCAGUUGUACACUGCCAUCACGCGAGCCCGGGUCAACCUCUGGAUCUUUGAUGAAAACCGAGAGAAGCGGACUCCUGCUUUCAAAUAUUUCAUCAAAAGAGAUUUUGUCCAAGUUGUGAAGACAGAUGGAAAUAAAGACUUUGAUGAUAGUAUGUUUGUUAAGACUUCCACCCCCGAAGAGUGGAUUGCCCAGGGAGAAUACUACGCCAAGCAUCAGUGCUGGGAGGUUGCAGCCAAGUGUUACCAAAAAGGAGGUUCAUUUGAGAAGGCGAAGUUGGUCUUGGCCCACAACACCGCCCUCAACAUGAAAUCCACGAAAGUCAGCCCCAUGGAAAAGCAGAUGGGGUAUUUGGAAUUGGCUAAGACCUAUUUGGAGUGCAACGAACCAAAGCUGGCUCUCAAGUGUCUGAGCUAUAGCAGGGAGUUCCAGCUCUGCGGCCAGCUGUGCGAGAGGCUGGGACAGAUAAAAGAUGCUGCCUAUUUCUAUAAGCGAAGCCAGUGCUACAAAGAUGCUUUCAGAUGUUUUGAACAGAUUCAGGAGUAUGAGCUAGCACUCAAAAUGUACUGUCAAGAGGAGCUUUUUGAAGAAGCAGCUAUUGCAGUAGAAAAGUAUGAAGAAAUGCUAAAGGCCAAGACCCUUCCCAUCUCCCAACUGUCCUACUCUUCCAGCCAGCUCUACUUGGAAGCUGCAGCAAAGUAUCUCAGUGCAAGUAAGAUCAAUGAAAUGAUGUCUGUCCUCUCAAAGCUAGACAUAGAAGACCAGCUGGUGUUCCUGAAGUCCCGGAAGCGACUAGCAGAAGCCGCAGACCUGCUGAAGAGAGAGGGCAGGCAAGAGGAGGCUGCCCUGCUGAUGAAGCAACACGGCUACCUCCUGGAGGCUGCCAGGCUCACCACCAACAAGGAGUUCCAGGCCUCAUGCCUGCUGGGGGCGGCCCGCCUCAAUGUGGCCAGGGAUUCUGACUUGGAACAUACCCAGGGCAUUCUGAGAGAAGCCCUCGAUCUGUGCUAUCAAACCAGCCAGUUGUCUGGCAUUGCUGAGGCCCAGUUCCUGCAGGGGGUGAUCCUGAGAGACUUUCAGAAGCUCAAAAGGGCCUUCUUCAACUUUGACACGCUCAACCACUCAGCCGGUGUGGUGGAAGCACUCUAUGAAGUAGCUAGCCACUGUGAGACUGAGCCCGAGAAGAUCUUGGCCCUGGCCCCGGCGGGCUUGGAAGUCCUGCUCAAUCUGGUCAGGGCCCUGAAAAAAGUCACGAACAAUGCUGAGAAGGAAAUGGUCAAAUCGUGCUUUGAGUUUUUUGGAAUUUCCCAAGUGGAUGUGAAAUAUUGCCAGAUAGCACAGAACGACCCUGGGCCCAUAUUAAGAAUAAUCGUUGACCUGGAUUUAACCUCGGAAGAGAAGAAAACCAAAGAUCACUUUUUGAUACUGACGGAGCACGUGAAAUUCGCCCUCAACAGGCACCUCCUGAGCAGGUUGUGUCAGAUCUCACAGAGCCUGCUGGCGAAGCCCUACCCAGGCAUCUGCGCGAGGUUUACCGUGGGCUUAAAAUGUGAAGAUGAGAACUGUCAAGACUUCCACCGGCCUCUGCGGCGCUAUGAGGCCAAGUGUCUGGUUCAGUCAAAAAUACACCUUGUGGCAAUCAACGGAUUGCUUUUGGAAGCCAAACAAACCUUCCCUAAAAUCCUAGCUGAAGGACUUGACGAAAUUGAUUAUGUUCUGUCCCCAGACAUGUACGGCCCUUGCAAAUCUUUUCUGAAUGUCCUCUUCCCCAAGCAUUUCUAUCAGCGAAUGCUUUCCGAGAACCCCAUGGCAUGCAAAGAAAUCCUCAAGCCCCAUUACAAAUCCUUCCGACCCUACAGGUUCGCUUUGAAACAGUACAUCCACUUCCUCUUUCAAAACGAUAGCGCCCGCAACCGGCGGGAGUCCACGGACCUGUGGCUGAGGGCCAUGCAGGUGUUCCUAGUCUCCUCCAACUUCCCGGAGGAGUUUGAAAAGCUGCUCCACCAAGAGGAGGACAGCUACCACAGGGAGCUCAAGGCGCUCGAGGCUGAAAAGGAAGACCGGGGCAGGGGCAGCCGAAUCAAAGGGGUCGAAGGGAAAUUCGGCAUGCUGGUGCCCAACAAGGAUGAUGAAGGGACUGAGAAGAUCCACCUCUGCUUCAUCCGCCUGCUGGAGAACUGCAUCGACCAGUUCUACGUGUACAAGAACCCCGAGGACUACACGAUGCUCUUUUCCCGUUUCAUGAACGUCCCCAUCAGGCGGUGCAAGGAACCGCUCAUUCCCAGCAUCGGGAACACCGUGGCCCUGCUGGAGUUCCAGUUCAUGCACUGUGCUGUGAUGGUGGCCCGCCUCAGGAGGAGCACCAUCCUGUGCCUCCCCAGGAGCUACAUCUCCCUCCUGCACUACUGGGAGUUCCUGCUCUGCAAGAGGGACAAGGGAUUCGGGGACGUGUUCCUCCUCAUCCAAGAGUACAAGCCCAAGGACGUGCCGAGAGCCGUCCAGGACCUGCGGUCCCACCUCUCCUACCUCGUCAAGGUGCUCUGCGGCUCUGAGAAUGUGAAUUUCAACGUCCUGCUCGACGCCUUCGGGGACAUCAACUACGUGGUCUCCGGCGAGGCCGAGCGGUGCCUGGUGCUGUGCCUGGUGAUGCUGGUGAACGCCCAGGAGCUGCUGCAGCCCUACUGCAAGCCUCUCCUGCGCCGCCACUUCCCCGAGAUGGACAGGCGGCUGAAGCUGCUGAAGGCCAGCUACCGGGCCCAGGUGCCCCUGAGGCUUCUCCGCAUUCUGCGGCGUGUGCAGAUGGCCCUCGACGUGAAGGCGAUGGCUAUGGCGCUGGAGACCUUGCUCUUUGAGCGGGAUGAGGAGUACCUGAUGGACUGCCACUGGCGCUGGGAGAGCGGCCACUACAGGGCCCGCGGCCUGGUUCACGAGGAGGCCAAGCUCGACCGUUUAUUCUGCGCGGAAGCUGGGGACUAUUUCGCCGAGUCGGAAGACGGGUUCGACCAGGAGGCGGUGGAGGAGGUGGCCCUGGAGGACCGAGAUGACCACCUGGCCGCCAUCCUUUCCCAGAAGCAGCGGAAGGCGUCCCUGCAGCGCAAGCUGAGGAGAGUGUGCCUGGUGGUGUCCCACCUGUGCGUCAGCUGGUGGCGCAGGGUGAGCGCCCAGGCCGAGCGCUUCUGGGAGGAGCCGCGCGAGCCCAGCGCCAGCAACUUCAAAAGGGCCGACGUCGACCGGACCCAGUGUGACCUGUGUGGCGUGAAGUUCAUCCGCGAGACCUACUUUAACCCCCGGGAAGCGUUUGAGGAGGCAGGGUCCGAGGUAGCAGCCCUUGUCAGGGCCAAGCUGGAAGGGGAAGAGGGCCUGGAACUGAACAGCGAGUCCUAUGAGCAGCACAUCCGCCUGGAAGGCCACCGUCGGCAGCAAGCGGCUUACCAGAAAUACGCGGCCUUCUUCCUCGAGAAGGUCGAUCCGGCCAUUGAUGAAGGCAAACUGGUGGUGCAGGACAUCGAGCAAAGCAUGUGGAUCCGCAGCCACCUGGGCUCGAAGGAGCACAGCCACAUGCUGCAGAGGAAGGUCCAGGAGAACAUCAAGAAGGUCUGCGACAAGGUGGAGGAACUCUACAGGCAGAAGGCUUGGAGAGCCGGGAAGGAGGUGAUGACCAAACUGGUCAACAUUCUGAUCCCGUCGGUCAGGGAUGCGAAGGAGUGGUUGAGGAAAACCGAGCUCCACUUACAGGAGGAAGGCAUCGUUCAGGAGGAUGAAUACGACAAUGAAGGUGAAGACUUUGGUGAGCUGCGUCCUAUAAAGCGUUCACGGAAAUGUGGAAAGCAGAGGAAAUAUUAAUGUCCAAUCCGAUGUUCCCUCCUGCAUGUUCAGUGAAUUUCAUCCUGACUUCUGAACGUUGGGCAGAAAGAAAAAGAAUAUCAGUGUUUAAAAAAAGGCUAUCUAAGAAUGCUUUUCUUUCUUUCUUUUUUAAGAAUGCCUUUCUUUGCUUUUUGUUCUUGUUGUUUCUCUUUUAAUAGUGGCUUAGGGUCUGAUUGCUCCCUCAUGUGCAGGGACCAAAUACGUGUUUUCCAAGUUAAAGUCCAACAGCAUUAGAUGCUCAGAUCCAAUCAUACACCAGUUAGAGGAGCCACAGUUGAAGGGGCUUCUGGGAUUCUACCCUGCUGCCUUCAGGUCCUCCGGCGUAUCUCCAGCAUGAUAUGAGUCCAGCAGGAGACAGUGCUUAAGGCGCUCUCAUCUCAGAGGAGCCCUGGUGGCUGUAGCCAUUAAGCUCAGCUGCUUCCUUAAAGACGGACAGCUUGAACCUGCCCAGCUGCCCCAUGGGGAAAAGAACAGGCUGUCUGUUUCUAGAUUUACAGCCUAGAAAAGCCAGCAGGGGCAGCUCUACUCACCCCGGGGUCAUUGGGUCACUGUGAGUUGAAAACUGACCAGACAGCCCCCGUCCCCCCAAACAGCCCUCAUCUCAGAGUUGCUGGGCAAUCACUGCACAGAUUCCCCCACCUCCUAUCCCACUGCUGUGACACGGCCCGACAGCAGGGAGGAGCUGUGUGUGCCAGGCUCCCUGCAGGCCUGCCACACCCAGGCCGUCCUCUGGUCAUCUCUGAGCCCACGUGUAGUCCAGUUCCUUCUUUUAUAUGUUAGCCACCUCUCUCUGUGACAACUCUUUGUGUACCCCCCCUCCCCACACCCAGCUUUUCUUGGUGUGUGUGUCAUUCUCAGCUACGUGUGUAAGUCACAGACUACCUCAGGAUGUAGUCAAGAACUUGUCUACGUCCUUUGAGUGGCCAGCCUCGGUGCCCUUUCGGUAGAGGGAAAGGCUGGGAAUGUGGCCUGAGGUUCCGGGUGGUCCUAACUCUGCAUUGGCUAUGGUGCAGGCAUUCCAAACGGUAUUGUGUGUGCAGCCCAGUGUGUCUCCUUAUCUCGGUCCCCCCUGGCAAGCUUGCCAUCCUCACUUAGGAUGACAUUGUGAGGAGUCUCCCCACCUGCUGAGUUCACCUCAGUGGGAUAGUAAUCAGCAGAGCUACAGGUCAGAAGCCAUUGGACAGUGUGGACGCCAGUCCUUGAUUGGUGAGCCAUGGGGGUUUGGCUAGGAAUCACUGCCACUUGGCUGGUAGGUCCUGUGGAAGGAGGGCAGGGUGGGACCUGUUUAUGGGAGGCUAUUACUCACUACCCACGGGCCAGAAGCCCACAGUAUAGCCUCCUAGGAGAAAUCAUCAUGCCUUGGUCCUGAGCCCUCUGACCCCCUACCCUUUAGCUCACCCUGGUGCAAAAGGUCAAGUUCACCGUGGUCCUUAAUUGUUUUGACCUCAUAACAGAACCAACUUUCUUCCCGUGCUGCUGCUGCUUUUGCUGCUCAUGGUUGUCUCCCCAUUGGAUUCCAAAGUGACCCUGUUUUCUUGAAAUGUUUAUGUCUCCAAGUUUUAUUAAGUCAUGUUUCUAAUUUUAAUUCCAGGUGUCUUUUAUAAAUUUCACAUGCCAGAAAAAUAAAACACAUGUGCACACACAAACAUCCAAAUCAAAUCUUGCUGUAUUACCAUACUUUUAUAUAAAUUAAAGCACUUCGCUUA